AUGGAGCGAGUGCGACCGCAACCUGCCGAAGGCCGUCGCCAGUCGAUAUUUACUGAAGUCGGAUUGGUGGACGAGGACACGAUGCGAGAUGUGAGGAUGGCGGCGCCGAUGACCACAACUUUGAAGCCAAUCAGACCGGCCAGGAUGGUACGAUUUCGAAGUCGCAAUUCUAUCUAUGGAGAAGCUGGAAAGGAGGACGAGAGCGACUGGGAAUCGGUUGUGGACGAGGACGACGAAUCCGACGCACCGCUUACAUCCACCGUUCUUCCGGCCCAGUCAACGAUGCCGUUGAGGUUCUACCGAUUAAGCAUAUUCGCCUUCGUCCUUGCUGUUAUGCUUCCGAUUCUUUCCAUCAGUCCCAUCUCACGGAUAGGAGUACGCGGCGGCAUGAUCCCGCGAAACACAAUCGAAGCCGAAGCCGAGCGAUCCGUCGUGGUGAAGCGCGCCGACUCGCCUACAGAUGCGUGCAAGCGAUGGGCCGGUCAGAGCACAAUCGUGAAUGGAACGCUGUACAUGUAUGGCUUCCGUCAGAACGAUGAGCCAAAGGGCGACCAGAAUACUUGGAGUAAGCCCCACUCCAUUAUCACCUUGGAAGACAACAACUUCCUCAGCCUCGACCUCACCAAAUCAUGGCAAAUCUCCAACCCGUCCCUCACAGGCCUGCCCCAACCAUCUGGCCCUCCUGCAGUCUCUCUUGGUACGCUUUGGGGCUCGGCCUCGUCGCUCUGGCUAUACGGCGGCCAGUACUCCGACAAGCCGAAAGUCAGCCCAGGCCCGAACUCAGUCUGGGAGUACGAUAUCAGCGGCAAGCAGUGGAAAGAGCACAAGAGCCCCAAAACCUCGGGCGGUGACGCUGCAGAAGACGACGGCCAGGAUGUGCAAAGAGCUGCUGAAGGAGCUUCUUUCAGCGUCGCGUCUCUGGGGCGAGGCUGGUACUUUGGCGGCCAUCUCGACGACUUCACAACCGAGGGCUGGAGCAAUCAGGUUGCCAGGCUGUACUUGAAGAGCCUGCUGGAAUUUACAUUCCCUGGCUUCUCAAACAACGCCGUCAACACGUUGAAGACGGACAAGAAGGCAGGAAGCGACGGCGUCUUCCGUAACAUCACUCAAGGUGGACUGCAGAACACCGGCUCAUUCCCUGCGCGUGCAGAUGGUCUUCUUACAUAUGUUCCUGGUUUCGGUGACGAGGGUCUUUUGAUCGGCUUCACUGGUGGAGAUAACGAUACCUUUACGCAACUGAACGUCAUCGAUGUCUACGAUAUCGCAAAGUCCACAUGGUACAAGCAGAGCACGUCAGGUGACACCAUUCCCCCAUACCGCGUCAACGCUUGUGCUGCCGUUGCAGCCGCUGCAGACGGCUCAUCAUACAACAUCUACAUGUACGGCGGACAAAACUUGCAGCCAUUCGGUGACCAGACCCAGAAGGACGACAUGUGGAUUCUCUCCGUCCCGUCCUUCCAAUGGGUUCAGGUCGACCAGCAGAAGCAGAAACCCUACGCCCGCGCCGGUCACUCCUGCCACGUCUGGGACGGCCAAAUGAUCGUCGUCGGCGGCUACAUCGAUCCCAACCUAUCAUGCGAAUCGCCCGGAGUCUACGUCUUCAACAUGAGCAGUCUCAGCUGGUCCGACCAAUUCACCGCCCUCACCGGAAACGUUGCAACAGAAGCCUUCAAGGGCAACCCCCUCGCCCAACAGUUCAACCAGCGCGGCUACGGCGCCAACUCUGGCCUCCAAGGCAGUUACGGGUACGCCGUCCCCGCCCCCGUCCAACAGGCCAUCGGCGGCGUAGCCACAGGCGGCGCAACCCUCACCGCCCCCCUCCGAACCCCCACCGCCGGCCCCCUCGCAACUGGCAAGCCCCUGACCUGGCCCGUCCCCAACAAUGGCACCAACGGCGGCAACAACUCGUCCAACGGCCCCUCGGGCCCCAACAUCGGCGCCAUCAUCGCCGGCGUCAUCGCCGGCGUCUUCUUCCUCAUCGCGUGCUACUUCGCCUUCUGCGCGUGGAUCUACAGGAAACAAGUCCAGAUCUGGAAGAAUCACGCCGCCAUGGUCCAGACGCGCGCGAACAACGAAAAGCAGAAUACGCUCACGUCGUCGUCGGGGAAGAAUAGCUCGGAACGGCCGCCUGUGACGCUGGGGAGUAGCCAUGGCGCGGCGGCGGGCUCGUUUGAUAUUGCGCGCGGCGCGAGCGGUGGGGAUGGAUAUACCAGUGUGCCCGCGGGCGAGUGGACACGGAGGAGUAGUAACGGCAGUAUACACGACGAUCUGCUGAGUGGGCAGGAGCCGAGCUUCUGGGGCACGAGGGGUGUGUUGCUGAACCCCAGGCGGAGUUUGAGAGUCAUUAAUCGGGAUUAA